CCGGGCCCGGCCGGCCAAGAUGGCGGACGGGGUGCUGAGCCCCGGCGUGAACCUGGAGGCCUUCUCCCAGGCCAUCGCCGCCAUCCAGGCGCUGCGCUCCAGCGUGACGAGGGUCUUCGACUGCCUGAAGGAUGGGAUGCGCAACAAGGAGACCCUGGAGGGCCGCGAAAAGGGCUUCGUGGCCGCUUUCCAGGAGAGCCUGCACUCCGUCAGCCGCGACCUGGGUGAGCUGGAACGGCUGAGCAACCUCGUGGGGAAGCCAUCUGAGAACCACCCUCUGCACAACAGUGGACUGCUGAGCCUAGAUCCUGUCCAGGACAAAACCCCUCUCUACAGCCAACUUCUUCAAGCCUACAAAUGGUCAAACAAGCUGCAGUACCACGCCGGGCUGGCAUCCGGCCUCCUGAACCAGCAGUCUCUGAAGCGCUCGGCCAACCAGAUGGGGGUGUCUGCCAAGCGCAGGCCCAAGGCCCAGCCCACCACUCUGGUCCUGCCUCCUCAGUACGUGGAUGACGUGAUCAAUCGCAUCGACAGGAUGUUCCCCGAGAUGUCCAUCCAGCUCUCCAGGCCCAAUGGGACCUCAGCAAUGCUGCUGGUUACCUUAGGAAAAGUAUUGAAAGUGAUAGUGGUGAUGAGAAGCCUCUUCAUUGACAGGACCAUAGUGAAAGGCUACAAUGAGAAUGUCUACACUGAAGAUGGGAAGCUCGACAUCUGGUCCAAAUCCAACUAUCAAGUGUUCCAGAAGGUGACAGAUCAUGCCACCACUGCUCUCCUGCACUACCAGCUGCCCCAGAUGCCAGAUGUGGUGGUCAGAUCUUUCAUGACCUGGCUGAGGAGUUACAUCAAGCUGUUCCAGGCCCCGUGCCAGCGCUGUGGGAAGUUCCUGCAGGAGGGGCUGCCUCCCACCUGGAGGGACUUCAGGACGCUCGAAGCCUUCCACGACACCUGCAGGCAGUAGCAGCCUGGGUGCCGAGAGGAGGAGUGGCUCUGCUGGGCUGGGGAGAGAGCUGCUGCUUUGUGAGGUGGUGCCCUCCCUGAGCCUGUG